GUGAAGUUACAAACGAUGCUUUUUGUUGUGUGAUCAUUCUACAGUGCAGCAGUAAGAAUUCAACGAACAACAAAAUGGCUGAAUGUCAAGAAGUUGAAGACGAAUGUAAAAUACCGGAAGUUAUGGAAUAUGAAGCACUGUUCCCGUUGGAGACGCGCUAUGAUGAAAACAUCAAUGAAGAAUAUAGAGAAACAAUCGCUAUCGCAGAGGUCAGAAACACUCCUCCAAUUGUGUUUCCAUGGAAAACCAAAAAAGCAAAGAAAAGGGGAAAUAAACGACAAGGAGGCAAUAAUCCAAGUGAGCAGCAACCCAAACAAGCUAAGAUAGAAUCAAAUAGCGAUGAGAAAGUAAGUGAAGCUAAGACUGUGCCUAAACAAAAGGGUGCUGAAGACAGGAAAUUAAUGGCUCAGAAAAUGCGAGAGAAAAGACUGUUACAGAGUCAGGCAAAGAAAAAAGAACAAGAAGACGAGAAAUUAAGACUUGCUGCAGCAAUUGCAAAUCGGAAAAAACAAAUGACUUCAUGA